CCGCCGAUUGCCUUGGAAUGGGAUGAUUUCGUCUACAAUAAACUCUCGGGGAGUGCAUCCCACUUUCACUCAGCCCACUAAAUAUCCUCCACCUUCCUUAAUCGUUUUAACCUAGAUGUAAAUAGUUGGUGUUCUAAUCAAAAGCGACAGUUUUCCUGCUUUGCGGAUGAGCUUGCGGCGUAGUCAUGUAAAUGUUUUUAGCACCGUUAAAACCCUCCUCUUUCACACCUGUAAGCUCGGUUUUCGUACUUGAUUAUUGAGAAUUUUUCAAGGAAAUGACUUUGGGAUGAGGAGCGCUGCUAGACUCGACUUCUCGCGCAGCGUAAGCAGGGAGCAUGACGCGGCACAACUUUCAACAGCACCGAUACACUUGGGAAAAAUAAUAUACAUAUGUAGGUUUAAGGAGCUACAGUUGGAAAAGAAACGCCAAAUGGUUUAUUGUACUACGUGUAAUAGUUAAUUUAGGUUAAUAUUACUAAAGUUAGAAGACACUAAAAUUAAAGACAGUUUAACAUUGGUCGGCGAGGGCGAAGCGGGCCACAGAUUGGACACGCUUGUGGAACAUACGGGGCGCUUUAGGACCCAGCGGGCAUCCAGUGUGAAGCUCAUCCCGGGAAGCGUGCGAGCGCGUACGGCGCACUGCUGGGCAUGGCGCAGAGCUCAGCUUUCGGACGGCGGUGUGCCCGGGCCUUUGUGAGCGGCUUCUUCGUGGCUGUCCCAGUGACCGUGACCGUCCUUGACCGGCUGGCUUACAUUGCCCGUGUGGAAGGUGCGUCCAUGCAGCCGUCCCUGAACCCCGAAGGACAGACGACAUCUGAUGUGGUGUUGCUGAGCCGCUGGAGCGUUCGUGACUACCAGGUUCAGCGUGGGGACAUCGUGUCACUCCUGUCUCCAAAGAAUCCCCAACAGAAGAUCAUCAAGAGGGUGAUUGGCCUGGAGGGAGACCUUGUAAAGACGCGGGGAUAUAAAAACCGGUACGUGAAGGUGCCAGAUGGCCAUUUCUGGAUAGAGGGCGACCACCAUGGCCACAGCCUGGACAGCAACAGCUUUGGGCCGGUCUCGCUGGGCCUUGUCCAUGGCCGUGCCUCCCACAUCAUCUGGCCACCGCACCGCUGGCAGAGAAUCACGCCUUCCAUCCCAGGGGGCUGCGCACUACUGCUGCACCGGGACAGACUGCCACCCAGCGACCAGGAUGAUUAAAGGGGGCGGGACAUGGCAGCUUCAUGCCACCUGUGCUGUUGGCAAAAGGCCUAUUUUACCAGCCUUCAGCCAAUGUGUGUCUCUGGCUGUUACGCAUUAGCAUUUUAUAACGUAAAUAAAUUCUGUUAUGAUUUAUUUAAGAA